CGUGGGGUAACGUUUUGAUGGGAAGUGUUUGAUUUCUGCCCAGCAUGGCUGCCAAGGUAGCAUUGACCAAGAGAGCUGAUCCAGCUGAUCUGAAAUCUGUAUUUUACAAGUAUGCAAGCGUGGAAAAAAAUGGGGAUUAUUUCAUGUCUCCACUUGACUUUGUCCGACGUUACCUGAACCUCACUGGAGAGGGUGAAACUAAUCCAAAAACUCUGCAGCUUCUGGCUGGGGUGGUGGACCAAACCAAAGAUGGAUUAAUCUCAUUUCAAGAAUUUGUCGCCUUUGAAUCCGUCCUGUGCGCUCCCGAUGCCUUGUUUAUGGUCGCUUUUCAGCUCUUUGACAAAACAGGGAAAGGAGAAGUAACUUUUGAGGAUGUCAAGCAGGUUUUUGGUCAAACCACUAUCCACCAGCAUAUCCCAUUUAACUGGAACUGUGAGUUCAUACAGCUGCACUUUGGAAAGGAUCGAAAAAGGCUGCUGCCGUAUGCUGAAUUUACUCAGUUUUUACUGGAAAUCCAACUGGAGCAUGCAAGACAAGCUUUUGUGCAACGUGAUAAUGACCAUACCGGCACAAUCAAUGCAAUGGACUUUAGAGAUAUCAUGGUUACCAUUAGGCCACAUGUUUUGACCCCAUUUGUGGAACAGAGCUUAGUAGCUGCUGCAGGAGGUACCAUAUCCCAUCAAGUCAGCUUUUCAUACUUUAAUGCCUUUAAUUCUCUUCUAAACAACAUGGAGCUCAUUAGAAAGAUCUACAGUACCCUGGCUGGCAGUAGGAAAGACUUGGAAGUCACUAAAGAGGAGUUUGUCUUGGCGGCACAACGAUUUGGUCAAGUUACACCCAUGGAAGUUGACAUACUGUUCCAAUUAGCAGAUUUGUAUGAGCCAAGAGGACGUAUGACUUUGGCAGAUAUUGAAAGAAUAGCACCUCUUGAAGAGGGGGCCUUGCCGAACAACUUGGCAGAAGCGCAAAGACAGAAUCAAGGCACAGGUGAGGUGCAACGUACCGUCCUCGUUCAAGUGGCCGAGUCCGCUUACCGAUUUGCCCUUGGUUCCAUAGCAGGAGCUGUUGGAGCAACUGCUGUUUAUCCUAUCGACUUGGUGAAAACACGAAUGCAAAAUCAGCGAUCAACAGGGUCAUUUGUAGGAGAACUCAUGUACAAGAACAGCUUUGAUUGCUUUAAGAAGGUGCUGCGUUAUGAAGGCUUCUUUGGCCUUUACAGAGGCCUCUUACCUCAGCUGCUGGGAGUAGCUCCAGAAAAAGCUAUUAAGCUAACCGUAAAUGAUUUUGUUAGAGAUAAAUUUACUACGAAAGAAGGCUCCAUCCCAUUGCUAUCUGAAAUCCUUGCUGGUGGAUGUGCUGGAGGAUCUCAAGUCAUUUUCACCAACCCCUUGGAGAUUGUGAAGAUUCGCUUGCAGGUGGCAGGAGAAAUCACUACAGGACCUCGCGUCAGCGCCCUAACCGUUCUGAAGGAUUUAGGCUUUUUUGGCCUUUAUAAGGGUGCUAAGGCGUGCUUCCUCCGAGACAUCCCCUUCUCGGCUAUCUAUUUCCCUUGUUAUGCCCACAUGAAAGCCUCGUUUGCUGGCGAAGACGGCAGAGUUAGCCCGGGUUAUCUUCUCUUGGCCGGAGCCAUAGCUGGUAUGCCAGCUGCAUCUUUGGUGACCCCUGCUGAUGUUAUCAAGACAAGGCUGCAGGUGGCUGCCCGAGCAGACCAGACUACUUACAGUGGGGUCAUCGACUGCUUUAGGAAAAUUCUUAAAGAGGAAGGCCACAGAGCUUUGUGGAAAGGGGCUGGAGCACGUGUGUUUAGAUCCUCUCCACAGUUCGGCGUGACUCUGGUGACCUACGAACUGCUGCAGCGAUGGUUUUAUGUUGAUUUUGGUGGCGUGAAGCCGAAAGGGUCAGAGCCAGUUCCUAAAUCUCGAAUCACGCUGCCGGCUCCCAAUCCUGAUCACGUUGGUGGCUACAGAUUAGCAGUCGCCACGUUUGCAGGAAUUGAAAGCAAAUUCGGACUCUAUCUCCCCAGAUUCAAGUCAUCAACACCUACCUCUACAUCGGCCAUUGCUGCAAACCCUUAAGAAGAUGUCCACGGCCCAGUGAAAUUUAACGUAGUAAUUUAAUGGAUAUGUUACAACAUUUCAGUCUUCUAAUUCUGUCCUAGAUUACAUCUUUUAUUCUAGAAUGUGUUUGAGAUUUUAUGGCAUCCAUAUAUAUUAUAUGUGUGGAAUCAUUAUCCAGUGUAAUUCCUGCUUGUAGCCGCCAGAGCUUCCUUUGAGUCAGGGACCCGAAACCUUAUUGAUUGCUUUUGAAAUAUAAUAAAACAAAGGAUAUGUGACUAUUGAUAGGUCAGUUUUAAUAACCCAGUGGAGACCAUAUUUCCCAUGAAAUGAUAUUUAUGCAUGUCUGGUUUAAACAUGCAGCAUUUAACGUUACACAUUGCUUAGUUUGAUGCGAGCACUGGGUGGAUUAAAUGUGCAGCAGCUUGCGGUCUAUGGGUUUAACAUACAAAAAUCUGCCCCUCUAUAUGUCAGAAUUUAUCUUUACUACUUGCAAAAACAUUACAUCAGCAGCCAAUGGAAUAAUAUUUUCUGCAGUACUCGCUUACGGAAUAAUUAGUAGAAACCUUCAGUAGGGGAGCAUUAUUGCUCAUUCCCUAUCUGCCGAGAAGCAGUAUUUCUAAUUUUAUUUAACUUGUAUUCGGCCAAGAUGUAAAAAAUAAAUCUCUUCGUAAUGCUCCCAUUAGGAGCUUUGUGUUGUUGG